AUAUAAAAAUCUCAACUUGCAUUCACAAUCAUGUCAAAGUUCUACACACUUGAAGAAGUAGCCAAGCACACUGCUGCUAAUGACUGCUGGGUCAUUAUCGAGAACAAGAUUUACGAUGUUUCUGGCUUCCUUGAUGAUCAUCCAGGCAUUUCUGGAGGAAAAAAGGUUCUUCUCAAGGCAUCCGGCAAAGACGCCACUAAGCAGUUCCAAUCCUUCCACAGUCCUUCGGUCCUUCAGAAGUUUGGUCCUGAACUCUUGAUCGGACACGUCGGAACUGCCGAAGAUGCUCAGUUGGCUAUCGAAGAAGAGCGUUCCAACGAAGAAGAAUCUGAAGAGAUCGAGCGUGGUCCUUUGACUGUCGGUAUUCCUUUUGGUGACAUGGUUCCUUUUGGUGAUCCAAUGUGGUACCAGGACUGGUACAGUCCCUUUUACAAUGAGAGUCACCGCAAGGUCCGGAAGGAAGUCCGUGCCUUUGUGGAAAAGGAGAUUAUGCCAUUUACCCAUGUUUGGGACGAGGCCAAGAAGAUCCCUGCCGAGGUUUUUGGCAAGGUAGCCAAGGCAGGUCUUCUUGCCAGUUGCUGUGGAGUUGUUCCCCCAGAGUUCAUCACGUUCCGUUUGCCAGGUGGCAUCGAGCCUGAAAAAUUCGAUGCUUUCCACCGCUUGAUUGUAAUGGAUGAGCUAUCUCGUUGUGGAUCUGGUGGUGUAACCUGGGGUCUGAUGGGUGGUCUUGGUAUUGGCUUACCACCAGUAAUUCAUUUUGGCUCAAAGUACCUUCAGGAAAAAGUUGUUCCUGGAUGCAUGUCCGGUGAAAAAUUCAUCUGCUUGGCUAUUACUGAACCAAGCGGUGGUUCGGACGUCGCUGGACUGCAGACAGAAGCCAAGGAUAUGGGUGACCAUUACCUGGUCAACGGCGAAAAGAAAUGGAUUACAAAUGGUGUAUUUGCAGACUAUUUCACUGUAGCCUGUCGUACAGGCGAGCCUGGCUUUGGUGGCAUUUCGUUCCUUCUCCUGGAACGCGGCAUGCCUGGUAUCACCACGCGCCAGAUGAACUGCUCGGGUGUCUGGCCUUCUGGUACAGCCUACAUCACUUUUGAGGACGUCAAGGUUCCCAAGGCCAACCUGAUUGGUCAGGAGAAUAAGGGAUUCAAGUACAUCAUGUACAACUUCAACAGCGAACGUCUUGGUAUCGUAGUCCAGGCCAACCGCUUUGCCCGUGUCUGCAUUGAAGAGUCUCUCAAGUAUGCCCACAAGCGCAAGACAUUUGGAAAAUUAUUGGUUGACCAUCCUGUUAUUCGUAACAAGUUUGCCCACAUGAUCAGACAGGUCGAAGCCACCCAUGCAUGGCUAGAAAUCCUCAUAUAUCAGAGCAUGCACAUGCCUGAAGAGAUUCAGCCUAUUCGAUUGGGUGGGCCCAUUGCACUCUGCAAGGCUCAAUCUACCCAGACAUUCGAGUACUGUGCUCGUGAGGCUGCACAAAUCUUUGGUGGUUUGGCUUACACCAGAGGUGGUCAGGGAGAAAAGGUUGAAAGGUUGUACCGUGAAGUGCGGGCCUUUGCUAUCCCAGGUGGAUCAGAAGAAAUCAUGUUGGAUUUGGGUGUUCGACAGGCUGUAAAAGUGGGUGCCUUUAUGGGUGCAAAGAUGUAGAAUAGAUCCAAAAUACAAAAUACAAAAAAAAAGUUCCAAGGAAGGCCUGAAGACGUUCUUUAUUUUUCUACUGGUUAAAGUUGUAUAAAAUUAAAGAUAAUUUGUCUGUGCUUAUUAUAAUAAUAAUGAUAAUAAUAUUAUUAAUACAUAAAAGACUUUAGCCAUUUU